AUGGACGUAAUUUUGGAUCAUUCAUUUGGUGGUAUCAAUAGUUCUAUUCCUGGAAUCGGCGGGCCGCAAUGUGUUAAGUUCUUACCGUUAUGGCAAAGAAUAGCAGAAACAUUUCUACUUGUGCCACUUGCUAUUUGCGGGAUAAUUAUUUCAUCAAAAAAUUUAGAACCAUUUCUUCUCCCUAUUUCUGGAAAAAUGCUGUCUUCUAUCAACGAGAGCGCUGUAAUGUUCGACGACGACAAAAAUCUUGUCAGAUAUUGUGUUCUUGCCUUUUAUUGUUUCAUUUUUGGUUCUGAAAUAGUCUGUAAAUUGGUUAGAAGGGUAUUUGUAUUUAUAUUAAAUCCAUGCCAUAUCGCAACGACAAUACAGAUAUUGAUUCUCGCAAUAGGCAUCACUAAUCAUAGAAUGUAUUAUCUGUUCCGUUUUCAAAUGUACUUAUUACCUGGUGCACUGAUUGGUAUUAUACUGCCGUCGAUAAAUUCUCGUGUCCUUUUUGUUGAAGUACUUAUAUAUUUUAUUCAACAUGUAGCAAUACUCAUUGUCCCAUUCUUUAUAGUUUAUGUCAACGGUACUUUCUUACUGGAACCAUUUCAAAAUUUCGUAUGGGCUGUAUUAAGUUUCUCUGUCAUCCUUUUCUAUCAUUUUACUAUAUUACAAAUUGUUGGGUUGAUAACGGAAGCAAAUAUGGGCUGUGUAAUAUGCCCGGCAAUGAGUGAUCCAUUCUAUGGUCGAUUCUAUCGCUUAGCUACUGUGAUUCAUCAAGCAAUUCUAAUCCCUUUAAUUACAGAAGUUUUUAGUGUCUGUAUCAAAUGUGUCACUGAUGUUACUCAUUUGAAUAAUGUUAUACGGAAAUCGAAAAGAUUAAGUGGAAGGAAGAAGUAG